AUGUCGUAUCUAUCAUUUCUUAUUUUCCAUCAGAAGAAAAAUAAACUCUUUCUCUCCUUCUUUCUUUCUUUCCUUCUUUUUUCUUUACUUCUUUCUUUACUUCUUUCUUUCUUUCUUUCUUUCUUUCUUUUUUUCUUUCUUAGUUAUUCAUUCGUUUAUUUAUUCACUCGUUUUCCUUCUUAUUUAUUGGUGUUAAUGUUUCUUUCCAGUUAUGCUUCACUACAACUUAAACGUUCGUCUGUUUUUCUUUACACCUGUUGUAACUGUUCUUUUUAUUUCUGUUCUAUUAACCUUCUUUUCUUUCUUUUUUCUUUACUUCUUUAUUGCUUUACUUCCUUCUUUUUUUACUUCUUUAUUUUUUUACAUUGUUUUAUUCAAUAUCUAUUUCUUUCUUUUUCAUUCUUUCGUUUCAACCAUUGUUUUAUUCAGCACAUUUUUCUUCUUUUUUAUUUCUUUCUUUUUAACAAUUAUUUUAUUCACCAACUCUUCCUUCCUUCCUUCCUUCCUUCCUUCCUUCCUUCCUUCCUUCCUUCCUUCCUUCCUUCCUUCCUUUCUUUCUUCCUUCCUUCCUUCCUUUCUUUCUUUCGCAGCCAAUCUUUUUAUCAUUUCUUUAUUUCUUUUCUAUUUGUUUAUCGCUUUCUUUUUCUUUUUUCCCCCCACUAUUCAUUUUAUUUUUCUCCUACUUUCCCUUUAUCGUUUCUUUUCCAUAUUGUUUUAAAUCAUGUUUGUCCCUCGAUCCCUUUCUUCAUUCACAAACUGGCAUUUCUUGCUUUUUCUUCGUUUCCCGCCAUUUCUUUCUUUCUUUCUUUCUUUCUUUCUUUCUUUCUCCUUCCGCUGAAUUCUCGGUCGACUCACCCUCCCUUCUCGAUGAUUUCUUCCCGAUGUUCCGCUCUUUCUACCAAUCAAACGGUCACAUUCAUGACGAAUUGCAAACAAGGCGCCCCUGUUAUUUAA